AUGUCCAAUAAUCAAAAGAAAGACAGUUAUGUUAUCUGCAAAUGUCCAAACUGUACAAAGUUGAAUAGCUGUGGAAAGAAACAGAAAAGACAAAAUGCACAACAACACUAUGAGAAACAUAUAGUGCCUGUUGUCAAAGACGAUGCAAUGGAUGUUCCUGAAGAACAUUUUGACGACAUGGAAGUAGAUAGUAUUGACAGUGACAAUGACAAUGAUUAUGAUUACGAGAACAAAGGCGAAGGCGAAUAUGAAGACGAAAAUAAAGAACAAAACAUUGAAUUUGAUCAAGAAGUUGACUUACCUUUGUCCCAAGAAGAGUCCAUCUUUACUGCCGAAGAUACAAUUACAGGAGCAUUUGUGGUUGAUGGCAAUGAGAUUGAAGAAGGCGAUACCGGUUUUGAUUUUGAACAAGAAGAAAACUUUGAUGAGACCAGUGAGACCUCGAUAGUAGAAUCAGUUCGUCCUUCGUCUUUUGAUAACAUACCCUUGUAUAUCCGCUUUGUUGCAGUAUUCAUUGUCAUAUUUCACUUGAUCUUUUUGGUGGAAAGUGGUGGAUCGAUUCUCAUUGAAUUUUGUAAUACUCUACUGUUUCUCUGUGAUAUGUCUGGCGCCCUUCCACUGACGAUCAAUAGCUUGAAGCAUAAGACAGGAUUUAACAUGGCAACAGACGGAAUGACAGUAUACAUUGCAUGCUCACAAUGUCAUUCGAUUUAUCCUCUGGAAACAAGUCAAAGAGUCUGUACAUUUAAGAAAUUCUCUCAAUCUGCCAUUUGCAACAACAAUCUCUUUAAAGUGUCAACCGGAAAUCGUUCUCUUCCAGCAAUGGUAUAUCCAUUCAACUCUCUGAAUGAUCUUAAAGACAUCAAUGGCAGAAGGUUUGUUGAUGAUAGCCAAUCUUUAAUGUUGACUCUGAAUAUCGAUUGGUUUCAGUCAUUUGAUGGACGAACACAUUCCAGUGGUGCGAUAUAUCUCUCUAUCAACAAUCUCCCACGAAGUGAACGCCUUAAGUCUGAAAAUGUCAUUCUUGUUGGUAUGAUGCCUGGGCCAAAGGAAGCAAGCACUGACAGCAUGAAUCAUUACUUGAAGCUGCUCGUUGACGAAUUGUUGGAGAUGUACAUUGGUGUGAGACGCACAAAGACAAUGAAUCUGGAACACGCUGUCAGCUGGGCAAAUGCAUUAAACAAUACUGAGCAAACACGCCUAGAAAAAGAAAACGGCACUCGGUGGUCAGAGCUUCAUUGGUUAUCUUACUUUGACCCAGUCCGCUUUACAGUUAUAGACCCAAUGCAUAACCUCUAUCUUGGAACUGCAAAGCAAAUGAUUCAGAUAUGGCGCAAGUGUAACUACAUCAAUGAAAAGAAUCAGUUAACUAUGCAAGAGCUUGCCAAUGGUAUUGUUGUACCUUGUGAAUAUGCGCGUAUAACAAAGAAGAUUGCUGAUGGGUUUUCGUUCAUGAAAGCUGACGAGUGGAAGUUGUGGUGCGUCAUAUACUCUGCAUUUGUUCUGAAGCAUGUGCUCCCAGCCAAGAAUCUCGAAAACUGGAUUUUGUUUGUUGACGCAUGCCGCUUACUCACAAAACCUUCGAUCAAUGACAAAGAAAUAGACGGAGCCCACAGUAAACUCCAAUUGUUUUGUACAAGAUUUCAGACACUGUAUGGAAAAUCGGCCAUGACACCGAAUAUGCAUCUACAUCUUCAUAUUGGCGAGUGUGUUCAUGACUUUGGGCCAAUUUAUGCUUUCUGGUUAUUCAGUUUCGAGAGAUACAAUGGUUUGUUGAAGAAUAUCAAAACAAAUCAAAAAGACAGCUUAAAAUCAACGAUGAUGAAGAGAUUUUUGGAGAGAACAUACAUUGGCAGCUUCAUACAAUCUUUUGUCAACUAUCUUCCCCAGUUCGCAAUUGACUUUCUGCAUCGCAUUUCAAAUAGUCAAGAUCAAUUAGCAGCAUUGCAUCCAUCUUCUACUGCCAGUACCUUUUCUCCGUCUGACUUUGUUGAAUAUUUGUUAAACCCUCAUCAUUCUGCUUUGGGUUGUGAGCCAUUGCCCCUUUCAGUGUUUCCAAUUAAACUUGACCAAAGGAUUACAAUGUGCAAGGGACAUUAUGAAUGUUUACUGGAGUUUUACAGACACGCAUAUGGCAGUCACGAUCUUUUUGGUCAUUAUUCAAACUGCGAGUCUAACCAGAUUUUUGUCAAUAACCGAAUUGAGAAAAUGAAACGGAUAUCUCUUCUUGGACAGAAAUACUCUUCUGGAUCUUAUUUCCGCGCCUAUUAUCUUGAGAAUAACAGUGAAGAUAAAGCAGAAUUUCCUGGCCAUAUACUCUAUUUAUUUCAACAUUUGAUAACCAUCAACGAAACUGUCAUUACCCAUACUUUUGCGUUUGUUGAGUGGUACUCUAGUUAUUCUUCGGGGAGUUACCAGCCAAUGUUAAAUGAAGGCAUUGAGCUCUGGAAUGAACCUUCUUCUGUAUUUAAUUAUGAAUGUAUUAUUCCAGUACAUUGUUUAUAUUCACUAAUCGCAAUUACUAAAUAUAGGUUUACUAUAACUAGUGAAUUUAAACGUUUAGUAAUCCCUUUACACCAAAAAAUAGAAGCUUAA